AUGCUAGGGAAUGUAUUCGGUGAAGUGAGUAGCUGUGAAGACCACCUUGGAAGGUUAGUGCCACAUGCUGUAGAAGAAGAAGUAUGUGAAACUGUUGCAGGUAUUUCUGAAGAAGAUAGUUUUUCACUAUGUCUUACUAAAUAUCAAAGAGGAGAUCUACAAAAAAUAAAAACUGGCAGGACUAGGAAAAAAGUUUUCAAUAGAACAAAAGCUGGUGAAUGUGAAGACGCUGAAAAACAACUGGAAGAACAUGAACAUUUAUUUGCAUUUGAAAUGGAACCAGAUGACAGUGAUCCAUUAGACUGCAAUGUACCAGAUGAGGAACCCACCGGGAAUAUUAGCGACACAGGGUCCAAGGAGGCUGUGGCAGCUUCAGCCUCUGAAUGGUCUCAGCUAACCCUCUCGGGCCUAAAUGGAAUGCAGAUGGAGAAAAUACCCUUACUACCUACUUCUUGUGACCAGAAUAAUUCGGAAAAAGACCUAACAGGCACAGAGAAAGAAUGUGCCAACUUUAUUACUUCAGAAAAUUCUUUGCCACGUAUUUCAAGUCUCCCAGAAACAGAGAAGAUAGUGAAUGAGGAAAGAGCGGUCGCUCAGAGCAGUGAAGGACAGAGUCUUGUGUCUCAUGAUGACUCCAUUCUUGCAGUAAAGCAAACAGUAUCUGGAACUUCUCCAGUAGCUUCUCCAUCUCAGGGUAUCACAAAGUCUGUUUUCAGGGUAAGAGAAUCACCUGACGAGACUUUUGGUGCAGUUUUCUCAGAUAAUGUGAAUGAUUCAAACUUUAAAGAAAAACCUGAAGCUUCUGAAGGUGGGUUGGAAAUAGAUGCUGAUUGCUCGCAGAGAGGGGGUUCCUUAUGUCCAAGUUGGGUUGAUAGUGGAAGCUGCCCAGCCACCACCAAACAUGCUUCUGUAACUUUGAAGAAUGCAGGUUUAUUAUCCACUUUGAAAAAGAAAACAAAAAAGUUUAUUUAUUCUAUAAAUGGUGAAACAUCUUAUCUGGCAGAAAAAGUACAGAAGGAUCAAGAAUCCGAACCAGCUACCUGUUCAGCCCAGUUCGAAGCACCGCUUACAUUUACAAAUACUGAUUCAGGUUUAUUGCAUUCUUCUAUCAAAAGAAAUAGUUUACAGAAUGUUACUGAAGAACCAACUUUGUCCCUAACCAGCUCCUUCAGGACAGUUCUGAGAAAAAGUUCCAAUAAUGAAAGCAGUUCUAAUAAUAAAAUAAUAUCUCAAGAUCUUGAUUACAAAGAAACAAAAAUUAAUACAGAACUGCAGUCAUCUAUAAUCACAGAAACUGACGGUCCGUCGUGCCUGCAGGAAAGUCAUCGUGAGGAUCAUCCAACAGGCCAGAGAGCUUCAGAUGUAGCAGGAAAGGUCUGGGCUGCAGCACGUCACCCUGCAGUACGACGUUCAGAAGUAGAGCACAGUGGUGUUCACUGGCAACCCCAGAGAAGCUUUUUAUAUGACCAGGAGAAUGCCAGCACUCUUACUGCAACUCCUAGCUCCAGGGAUCCUCUGUCAAACCCAGUUGUGAUUUCUAGAGAAAAAGAAUCACAUAAAAUGUCAGAGGAACUAAAACGUAAGAAUUGUGAAGCCACUUUUGAAUUAACCAAAAAUAUUCCCCUGGAAAAAAAUCAAGAAAUAUGUGUCUUAAAUGAAAAUUCGAAAAAAGCUGAGCUGUCACCACCCGAAAAAUACAUGAAAGUAGCAUCACCUUCUGUGAAGGAGCAAUUUAACCAAAAUACAAAUGUCACAGUAAUCCAAAAAGAUGAAGAAGAAACUGCUUUAACUUCUAAAAUAACUGUCAAUCCAAAUUCUGAAGAACUUUUCCCAGAGAAUGAGGAUAAUUUUGUCUUUCAAAUGACAAAUAAAAGGAAUAUGGCUGUUUUAGAAAAUACUAAGGAACUUCCUGAGGCGAGCUUCAGUUGUGUAAAAGAAGCCAUUCUCAAGAACUCUACCACGGUAGUGUAUUCAGACAUAGGUGAUGAACAAGCAGCCCAGGUACUGAUUAUAAAAGAUCGUGACUCUUCAGAUGUAGCCCAUGAUCUUACAGAGGGGGACAGAAAUAGUGAAAAGCAGCAUCUAAAAAUGACUGUAAGUCAAGAUUUAAAAUCAGACAUCUCCUUGGAGAUAGAUAUGAAAUCGAGCAGAAGUAACGAUUACACAGAAAGAUGUGCAGGGCCCUUGGAUCCAGUUUCAAAUUACAAUUUUGGAGGUGGCUUCAGAACAGCUUCUAAUAAAGACAUAAAACUCUCUGAACACAACAUUAAGAAAAGCAAAGCACUCUUCAAAGAUAUUGAAGACCAGUAUCCUAGAAGUUUAGCUUGUGUCAAAAUUGUAAAUGCCUUACCAUUAGAUAAUCAAAAGAGACUGAACAAACCUCACGCACUUGAUUCACAAACCCUGAAUACUGCAUCUGCGGACGUGCAGAGCAGUGCAUUUGUCUCUGAUAGUGGAAAUGGUCACACAGCUCCUCGGAUUUUAUCUUUAAAGCAAGAUUUUAAUUCCAACCAUAAUUUAACACCUAGUCAAAAGGCAGAAAUUACAGAGCUUUCUACUAUAUUGGAAGAAUCAGGAAGUCAGUUUGAAUUUACACAGUUCCAAAAACCAAGCUACAUAGUAAAGAAUAAUACAUUUGAAAGAUCUGAAAACCAAAUGACUAUCCUGAGUAACUCUUCUGAUGAUUGGAAAGAUGUUGAUCUUGGUGUCACAACUAAUGCCCCAGCUACUAGUCAGGUAGAUAACAGCAAGAAAUUGGAUGGUCCGGUUGGAGAUAAGCAAAAGGUUGCUUGCUUGCUGAAAAAUAACUGUAACGAAAGUGCUUCCGACUGUUUAACAUAUAAAAAUAAAGAGAAAUUUACGGGCUUUUGUUCAGCACUUGGCACAAAAAUAAACGUUUCUAGUGAAGCUCUGCAGAGCGCUCUGAAACUGUUCAGUGAUAUUGAGAACGCUUGUGAGGACACUUUUGCAGAAGUACAUCCCAGAAGAUUCUCUUCAAGUCAGUGUGCUUCUGUUGUCUCUGUGCCUGAGGUAGAAAAUUUUAACAAUGAUAAAAAUUUGAAUGAGAAACACAGUAAAUGCCCACUUAUAUUACAGAAUAAUGUUGACAUGACUGCUAGCAUGUUCGUUGAAGGGAAUACUGCAGAUUGCAAGAGAAACACUGAAAAUGAAAAAAACAAAUGUACUGGUACCAGUGGAAAUACUUGUAACUUAGGAGAAUCCAAUGGCAAUGAUUCAAGUAAAGAUGCUGUAGUUUAUAGUCAUAAAGAUGAAAAUGGCUGGCCACAUUUGAUCGAUCAGCAUAGCAUGUAUCUAAAAAUGUCUAGCCAGUUUAUAAAGGGGGGAAACAAUGAAAUUAAAGAAGGUUUGUCAGAUGUAACUUGUUUGGAAGUUGUGAAAGCUGAAGAAACAUUUCAUAUUGAUACUUCAAAUAAAGAACAGUCAUCUUCUAAUAAAAUGGGGGAAAAUGUGAAAGAUUUUGACAUAUCUGAUUUACCCUUUCAGGCUACAAGUAGGAAAAAUGUCAGAGUCGCCAAAGAAUCAUUAAAUAAAGUGGUGAAUUUAUUUGAUAAGACAUAUGCAGAAGAAUUGAGUAACUUUUCAGAUUCUUUGAACUCUGAAUUGCUUUCUGACGUAAGUAAGAACAAAAUGGACAGUUCAAGUUACGAGGAAAGAAAUAUGGUUAAAAACAAAAUACGGAAAGGAAGUAAUCCAGAUGGUACCGAAAAUAAAUUCCUGACUAUCCGCCAACCACCCAAACAUGAAACUGAGAAGACCAGAGAACCUACCAUGUUGGGUGUUUGUACAGCUAGUGGGAAAAAAGUACAAAUUACAAAGGAAUCUUUGGACAGAGUGAAAAAUCUCUUCGAUGAAAACAGGCAAGAUAAUACUAGUGAAAUCUCCAGUUUUCGCCAUCAAGGGACAAAGACUCUAAAGGAGAGAGAGGAAUGUAAAGAAAGGCUUGAAUUAGCGUGUGGGACAGUUGAGAUAACUACUGUCUUAAGGUCUGAAGAAAUGGAGAAUUCUCUAGAUAAUAAUGAGAGAAACCUUGUUUCUGAUGAGACCACAGGGCUCUUAAAUGAUAAUUUAUAUAGCCACAUUGGAAAUCUCAAAACAUCAAAUAAUAUUUCUUUGGAAGUUGAAGUACAUGAAAAUAUAGAAAAAGAAACAGCAAAAAGUCCUACGACUUGUUACACAAACCGUUCAACUUGUUUAGCCAACAAAGAUCCAGCUUUAGCAUUUUACACAGGACAUGGCAGGCAAAUUUCUGUGAGUCAGACAUCACUAUUUGAAGCAAAAAAAUGGCUUAGAGAAGGAAAAUUGGAAUAUCAACCGGGAAAAAUAAAUGCUGCCAAGGGUAUUUGUUUAAAAGAAUACCCUCAGGAUUGUGUAGGAAAUCCUUCAUAUGGAGAUAGUUCAAAUAGUAUCAUAACAGCAAACGACAAAAAUAACCUCUCUGAAAAACAAGAUUUAAGUUACUUAAGUAAUAACUGUUCAUCCAGUUCUGAUUUUUGUGAUUCAGAUGAGGUACAUAAUAAAUCAGGGUAUCUCUCAAAUAAUAAAGUGAACAAUUCUGAUAUUGAGCCAGUGGUGAAGAAUGUUAAAGAUAGAGAAAGCACCAGUGUUUCCGAAGUAACAUCUACAGUAAGAAGAGCAAACACACACCCACAAACUGUAAGUGAAGAUAUUUGUGUUCAGAAACUUGUGACUGACACUUCACCGUGCAAAAAUAAAAACGCAGCCACUGAAUUCGCUAUGUCUGGUUCAAGUAAUUUUGAGGUAGGACCACCUGUAUUCAGUACAGCAAGUGGUAAAAUCGUCUCUGUUUCACAUGAGACAAUAAAAAGAGUGAGCGAGAUGUUUGCAGACAGCUCCAGUAAGGGCGGUAAACAGAGCACUGAGAGUAAAUCAGGUACUUCUGAAACAAAAAUUGUGGCAGGUUGCUAUACAGCAUUAGAUGGUUCAGAAGAUAAUAUUUUUCCUAACUCUCAAGAUGGCGAAGAAUGCAGUAUGCAUUCCUGUAAGGCUCUUGACAUUCAAAGCGAACAAAUUUUACCACAUAACCAAAGUAUGCCUGAAUUGGAUAAAGUUUCUGAAAUACCACCUUGUCAGGUUAAUUUGAAUACUUCUGACGUAUGUAAACUUAACACAGAGAUGCUUCCCAAGUCUAUCUCCUCUACAAAUGUUUGUGGGAUUUUUAGCACAGCAAGUGGGAAAUCUGUACAGGUGUCAGAUGCUUCAUUACAAAAGACAAGACAGAUGUUUUCUGAGAUUGAAGAUAGUGCCAAGCAUCUCUUUUCCAGAGUAUCCUUUAAAAGUAAUGAACGUUCAAACAAGUUCACAAAAGAAAAAAAUACUAUGAUACACACCAAAAACAAAUUGCCAUCACCCCAAGAAGGCUUCUCAUCUAGUGUGAUAAAUUCAUCUGCCCCCUCUGGAUUUAGUACAGCAAGUGGAAAACAGGUGUUAAUUUCUGAAAGUGCCUUACACAAAGUUAAGGGAAUGUUAGAGGAAUUUGAUCUAAUCACGACUGAAUGUAAUCACUCACCAACAUCUAGACGAGAUGUAUCAAAAAUAUUUCCUUGCGUUGAUAAGAGAAUCCCAAAACACUGUGUAAACUCCAAAAUGGAGAAAACCUACAAUAAAGAAUUUCAGUUGUCAGAUAACCAUAAUGAAAGUGGUUCUUCAGAAAACUGUCAGUCUAUUAAAGUUUCUCCGCAUCUCUCUCAGCGUAAGCAAGGUAAACAGCAGCUGGCAUCAGGAACCGAAGCGUCACUAGUUGAGAACGUUUAUCUUUUGGGAAAAGAACAAACUUUGCCUAGAAAUAUAAAAAUGAAAAUUGGUAAUAUCAAAACUUUUUCUAAUCUUCCUGUGAAAACAAAUGUAGAAGUUCGUUCUACUUACUCCAAAGAUCCAGAAAACUGUUUUGAAACAGAAGCAGUAGAGAUUGCCAGAGCUUUCAUGGAAGACGACGAGAUGACAGAUUCUGAACUGCCAAGUCGUGCCAGACAUUCUCAGUUUACCUGCCCCAAAAAUGAGGAAACGGCUAUGUUAAAUUCAAGAAUUGGAAAAAGAAGAAAUGCACUUCUCUCAGCUGGUAAGUUUCUGCUUUUUCCUUUUGGUUUGCAAAUCAGUAAAAACUAAAGACCUUAAUAGUCCUGGUAUGCUAUCUUGUAGUUAUAGGAAAAAAGACCUAGCGAUCUACUUUCGAAAAUCAGCCAGUGAAAACCCUAUGGAUCACAACAGAAUAUUGUCCAUUAGAGUGCUGGCAGAUG